AUAAGAUCACAACUCUCAACCGUUCACCAUUGCAGCCACAAUCCACACAAUGGAGUACUUAUCUUGUGCUGUAAUUUUAACCUUGGCAUGCCUCGCCACUCUAGCCCUUGUCUCAAAAACCUUGUUUCCCCAACUCAAGAAACAAAAAUUUCCACCAGGUCCCAAACCCUGGCCUAUAAUUGGAAACCUCAACCUCAUUGGUCCUCUCCCACAUCAUUCCCUUCACAAAUUAUCCCAAUCUUAUGGACCCAUAAUGCAACUCAGGUUUGGCUCCCGCCCAGUUGUAGUUGCCUCGUCUCCAGAAAUGGCUAAACAAUUUUUGAAGACACAUGAUCAUGUGUUUUCCUCUAGGCCUCCAACUGCAGCAGGCAAGUACCUCACCUAUGACUACCAAAAUGUCACUUGGUCACCUUACGGUCCAUAUUGGCGUCAAGGCCGGAAAAUCUUUCUCUACGAGUUGUUUAGUUCCAAAAGGCUAGAGUCCUUUGAGUACAUUCGUGUCGACGAAAAUCACGCUUUUACAUCGCGACUCUAUGCCAUCGCCAAGUCAGGUAACCCAAUUGUGCUCAAAGAGCAUCUGUCACGCCUUAAUCUUAGCAUUAUGAGCAGAACUGUGUUAGGUAAGGAUUAUUUUAGCGUGGCCGAAUACGAGGGCUCUAUAAUGUCACUCGAAGAAUUUCAGGACAUGAUAGAUGAGUUGUUUGUGCUUAGUGGGGUGUUUAACAUUGGGGAUUGGAUACCAUGGCUUAAUUUCUUGGACUUGCAAGGAUACAUAAAGCGAAUGAAGGCCAUACAGAAAAAAAUCAAUCGGUUUUAUGAUUUCGUGCUCAAUGAACACAAGGCGCGGAAGGAAGGAGUGGAGGAAUUUGUGCCAAAGGACAUGGUGGAUUUACUACUGCAGCUGGUUGAUGGUUCAAGUGAUCUUGAAGUUAAACUCAACUAUGACAGUAUCAAGGCAUUCAUUCAGGACUUAAUAGCUGGAGGCACUGAUACCUCGGCAACAGUUUUAGAGUGGGCAAUGUCUGAGCUCAUAAAACAACCAAACCUCAUAAAAAAGGCAACAGAAGAACUUGACAGAGUGAUCGGGCGAGAGAGAUGGGUAGAAGAGAAAGACCUAGCACAACUUCCUUACAUAGAUGCGAUCAUGAAAGAGACAAUGAGGAGGCAUCCUGCGGUUGUAAUUCUGCCACCACAUCUAGCCGUUGAAAACUCCAACGUGGCAGGUUACGAUGUUUGCAAAGGAACCGUAGUGUUUGUGAACACGUGGAGCAUGGGGAGAGACCCUAAACUGUGGGAAGAACCAGAAGAAUUUAGGCCAGGGAGGUUCUUAGGGAAUACUGGGAUUGAUUUGCAGGGACAGAGUUUUGAGUUGCUGCCGUUUGGGUCGGGGAGGAGGAUGUGCCCCGGUUAUAAGCUAGGGCUGAAGAUGAUAAGAACUUGUUUGGCUAACAUGUUGCAUGGUUUUAAUUGGAAGUUGCCUGGAAAUGUGAAAGUGGAAGAUUUGGGUAUGGAGGAAACUUUUGGAUUGGUCACACCUCGGAAGUUCCCACUUGUCGCUGUUAUGGAACCUAGGCUGCCAGUCCAUCUUUAUUAGUUAUAUUUGUAUUUGGCAAGGUACUCAUAUCUUUGUUGGUUAAGAGCGUUCAUUUUAAUACUUGAGAUUUGGAGUUAGAUUUGAACUUGCACAACUCUGCUGAUCAAGAGUAUUAACCCAUGCAUUUGUGUGAGAUAACACUGCUUCAUUGCUCACACAUCCACGAAAUCGUUUGUAUCAACAACAUAGUUAUGUUUAAUUCUGAAAGUAUCCCUCCUUUAUUUA